AUGGUCGAGCACGUGGCCUAUGGCGAAACCUCGUCGCACCAUGAGGCCAAGCAUCUGCUAAGCUUAGUGAUCUCAGUGUUUUCAGUCGGACGUUUGUUCGCCUCUACCAUCCUGGGAUACUUAUCGGAUCACGUCGGCGAACGUACUGUGUACAUCACGACAUCCCUGGCCGCUUUGAUGGGCAACUUGAUGUAUGUGCUCACGUAUGUGUACCCCUCGUCCACUCUGCUCGUGGGUGCACGUUUGGUCGCCGGCGCUUCCACGGGCGUUCUGGCUGUGUGUCGCGCACACACGGCCAAGAUUUCAACAGUGGAAGACAGGACAAAGUACAUGGCACUCAAUAGUGCAGCCCAGUUCGUGGGCCUAGGUCUAUCACCAUUCUUAACGCUGGCGCUAACCAAAGCUAGGUCGGAUGGAGCGUGGUUUAACUCGCUUACAGCGCCUGCGUUCGUGCUUGCCGGGUUCAAUGUGGUUGUUAUCUUCUUGGUCGUUUUUGUGUUUACGGAUAUCUCUGGUGUAGACGCGAGCCUUUAUACUGAGCAGAUUGAACCCAUCCACCCGUCGAGCCCUUCAAUUUCUGCGCAUGGAGUUGAGUAUCGCAGUAUUCAAGCGGCUGAGCCAGAGGACAAUGAAGAAUUACAAAGAGAGAUGAAGGCAGAGAAGAUUGUGGCCGAUAAAUGGUCAGACGCGGAGUGGACGCGACUGGUCAACAUCGGAAUCGGGCUGUACAUAUUUUUUAACUUCUCUUCGAGAUGUAUACUCGCAUUGGUCGAGACAUUUGGGGCCCCCAUGUACUUGGAGAUUCACCACCUUCCAUCGAAAGACACGAUUGCGGCCUCAAUGUUUUUUGGAACCCUUGGCUUCCUUGGAAUGAUUUCCUUUGUCAUCACCAUCUGGGCUAAGCGCUUCGUGACUGAGGACUACAUGCUGAUGUUUGCGUUUAUCUGCAUUGGUAUCGGCAGUACGACACUUGCCAUUACCGGAUCUACGCAUUAUCCUUUGUUUAUGUUCUCACUAUAUCUUAUCUGGUCCAUCGGGUUCCCGGUCAAGUCAACGGCGAUUAUGUCCAGUUUCAGCAAAAUUCUUGGUGGCAGACCACAGGGUGUAAUGAUGGGGUGGAUAGGCACUUUCGGUUCCUUAGGACGUAUUUGUAUGCCGCUACUAGCCGGUUUCUCAACCCCCACAGUAGCGUUUGCGAUUGGCGGUGUGAUGUGCGUUGCCUGUGUUGUGUUGCUAUACUUGUACAUGUCCGCCGUCUCGAGCUACAAUCGCCGCAACAGGCACAUUUCGACGAUUAGCGAGGGCUAAUAGUAGUUCAUUAAGUUUAAAUCAAAUUUAUAAGGGAAUAGUGAGGACUUUGAUCUCGCUCAGUACAAUGUAUGAUUUUAGUGAGCAGGACGGUAUCAAUGAUAUUGAUGAUCAUGAUUAGGGCCAAUAGAUUGGCAAAAUGAAGAUUGUGAAAACAGGAGGGCAUGCACGAAACCUAUCUUGAUUCUGGCGCGCUCAAGACCAGGAAUGGGAACACCUUUACGGUUGGUCUUCCACAAAAUGGAACUUUCAUAUGAAAUGUACUAAUUCCGAAAGUCGGGAGUAGAAAAGGAAGGGCUACAAAGUAUAACAUACAGACACGGGUUUUAAUGAUUGCAAAAGUUGACUUAUAAUAAAUAAGAAGAAACCAAGUGGUGAUAACUAAGCACUCAACACGGGUAAACCAUUUGUUCAUAACUUC